AUGGCAGCUACCCUGGAAGGAACGUUUUUCAACCCAUUUAUGCUGGUGGACCUGAAUACCCUCGGCGGUGCAUUGGAUGAUACAUGGUCCCCUCAGCGCGACAAGCAGCAGUCUCCACCGCAGAGCCCCGUAGGGGCGAUGGAUCCUCUCGACAUGUACUUGACGACGCCCUUUUCAGAGACGUUUGAUUUGACGGGAAAUUUGGAUUGGUUCUCGGGCGACAUGUCUCUGAGCGACGCAUGCAGUGCGUCUCAGCAGGAUUACAAGUUGGACAGCGAGGAGCAGAGCUCUGAUGACACUGCAUCGCAAGAUUCCCUGUCACAGUCUGCUGGUUCUGAACACGGAUCUCCCUCGCCAUCGCCACUGCAAGAAACCGCAUUGGCCCCUUCUCCUACACCUGCUCCCAAUACCCUUUCACAGCACGUUAUGUUUAGCCCGUUGAGUCCCCCUUUGGCUCCGAUUGCAGCAAAAUCGGCAGAGACUCUGGAAGCGCACUGCUUGGAUUCGGCCGCGACAACGGCUGCAACCAUUGCGCUUGCCAUUCAACAGCAAGUGCAAGCGCAACAAUUUGCAAAUGCGUCUCCUGGAGCGUCCGCUGCGACUCUAUUUGGCUCUUCCGCAUCUACUUUGGCGUCAGACGAUGCGAAAGCGCAAAAGCGACAUCAACGCUUCAAUGUGUGUGUGAACUGCGGGACGACAAAGACACCCUUGUGGCGACGAACGCCUGACGGCGGACAACCCAUUUGCAACGCGUGUGGUCUGUACCUCAAGACCAAUCACCGCAUGCGUCCCGUCAACAUUAUCGAUCGCGCGAACCGUCGCACAAGCGUGGCGCCGAUUGUCAUUCCCGCCAACCCGGCCAACUUGCUCAACUCUAGCACCACCGACCGUGUGCCUAUUCCCCGCGUCACGUCUCAGAUUCCAGCACCCGCACAACAACAGCCAAUCGCAUCCCCACAAACCCAACAAGCGCAAGUACCACACGUAUUCCCAUCGAUUCACAUUUCCACCUCUCCCCUGUCCCCCUCUUCUGCGUCCGACCUUGCGAAUCGCAAGCGCCAACGCACAGAUUCUGGCUACACAUCAGACGAAUCAGAGUCCAAGCGACAAGUCACUGCCGCCUCUCCGAUCCGCGUAUGCAUGUCACCCGAACCCUUGUCGGAAUCUGAGCAUGCCGCGUUCCGGGAGCAGGUCAAGGCCAUGUCGAGUUCAGAGGCGGCUACUCUUUUGAAGGCUUUGGAGCAGCAAGUUGAGAUUUUGCGGGAGAGGUUGUCGGCCACUGAAUGA